ACAACGCCAUUUGUUAAAACUUUGGCAAAGCGUCAAGUGUAUUCAACUUAGUGCACUGUGUUCGUAACAUAUUGUAGUUUUGGGAACAGAACAAUUGUGAUCAGAUAUUUCAUCGAUGAUAAAAUUAGCAGAAUGUCAGUCCAGUUUCACCUAGUCACAUCCUCUCCCACUACCCGCGACUGAACUUCCUCUCACUACCAUAUUUGGUUGGCGAGAAAACGUUCUAAACGGAUGCUUCAGCUUUAUAGCCCCUGUGACGUGUCUGGGUUACUGUUUUGUUUGUGUGGUAAACACUUUUGAUGUUGUCUUUCUGAUAAAAAGAAGCAUGGAGGACUCAAACUCUUAUAUUCGCGUCUCCGGAUUUGUUCUUGGUUCAUUGAUGUUUCAGCACCUGAACAGUGAUUCUGAUGUGGAAGGUCUCAUUCUCGGGGAGACCAAAGCUGAAGAGCGAAGCAACAUCACUGACUCUCAAAUCGACAACAUACAGUUUGAGCAUACAAUAAACAUUCAGAAACACAUAUCAUGUCGCAAGCUCAAUAGCUUCUAUAAUAGAAUAGGGGAGGUGAACCAGGAUGAAAUAAGGCACAUUUUAUCCAACUAUAAGGAGGAGAAUGUGAUUGGUUGGUAUAAACAGCGGAGAAACACAGAUCAACAAAUUACCUUCAGAGAGCAAGUAGUCCAUGAGAACCUGAAGAGAGCACUCUCCAAUCACGAGCUGAUCUUUCUGCUACUGACACCCAGUGAGAUCACAACAUCAGGCUCCACUCACAAACUGGAGUAUGCAGUCUUCAGAUCACAUGGCAGUCAGUAUUGCAGUGUACCUGUCCUGGUCAGCAACCUGGGUUUGUUGGAAGAGCAGGACUACUGGAGACUCUCUGCAUCUUGUUCAUCAGUCAACUACAACCAUGCUGUUAGGAAACACAGAUCUAAAUUCUUCUCCUCCGAUGGAUCUUUGCAUGAGGUGGAUGAGAUUAAUGACAUGAACAACUCCUUGCAGGGUGAACUGAAGAUUGCAUGUAAGAAAGUGGAGGAGAGUGAACGAUUGGUCGAGAAGCUGCUUGCAGACGUUUCUGAUCUAAGAAGGAUGGUCAAUGAUAGGAAACAAGAGCUGGGAGAAAUCUCAGCAGAUGGAGCCUCCACCCCGGCACAGCCCCAGGAGAAUGUGCUGCUCUGUGAGGUCAUCAAAACACUAUUCCCUGGGGCAUCUCUACUCCAAACGCAGGCUCUAAACUUCCAGGGGUUUCCAUUGCCUGAGUUCUGCUGCAGCACUGACCAUGGCAUAGACAUUGCUACAACACUGCCUUUGAUCCUGAGUCAUACACUCCCUAAAGCCAGGAAGGGGAGGCUUGGGCGAGGCGGAGGUACAUCCUGGAGAAAACGUCCCCUUCGUGAAUCAUCUGAGGUGCCGAAGAGGAGGAAAGGCAUGCUGGAGGAGACUGAGGAGUCUUUGUCAGUCAGUGGGUCCGAGACCGAGGAGGAUUUGAUCCCAGCCAAUCAGAAUGGAAAUGAUUUAGAUGUGUCCAAUUCCCCCGUCUUCUGAAGACCAAAUGGACCGCUCAAGAAUGGUCACUUUGCAUUAAAUGUCACUGUGUAUGGAUUAUAUGAAAUUCUGUGACAUUCCCCUGUAACCGUCCUCCAUCAAUAACUGAAAACUUGAUAUGUUUGCAGGGAUGCCUUCAAUUAGCUUAUUUUUAGGGGCAACAUGUUUUAUUUAGAAGUGACUGUCCAAGUUAUUGAUUAUAAUAACUUUAGUUUAUCAACCAUUUUUUUAUAUUCAAGCUGUUAUUGAACUUGUACAUAAUUACAUAAAAUUAUUUUCACGUGUAGUGAGUUACGAUUAUUGGUCUCAUGGCUCAACCCAAGCAUAGCAGCUCAGACUAGAUUAACAAGCAAUAUUCCACAUUAAGAAUUAUUUUAAUACAAUUAUUACAGUAUAUAUGCUACACUAGUUCCCCAAUACAGGCUGACAGUUACUCCCAAGUGCUGGUUGUCGAAGGUGUUUGUAUCUUUCAUAAUGUGGGUCCAGACAUGAAUCCUGCGGAGGAAAAUAUGAGUAUUUAUUAUAGAAAGGCCUAAACGAUCAAAACAUGGUCAUUUUGAGCUAUAGGUCUGUAGCGCACAAUGUCAUCAGUACCCUCUGGUAAGUAGUGAUGGUGCAUUUGCAAAGAGAAACUAUCACAAAGCAACCUCAAGGCUUAAUGCUGCUGACCCAAGAGUAUUGGAUCAUAUGAUAUUCUGUCCCAAGACCAGUCAAUGAGUCAAUAAUAAAGUGAGUGAUUUGAUGACUUA